ACCGGUGCUCCUGCUGUAAAUUACGUUGUCGCCCCCCCCCUCUCAGCGUUUUAACCUAUCCAGAGCUGACAGUCGGACAAAAAGGAGGAAACCUACAAAAUAAAAGAAGGAAGAAGAUAGCUGCCUUGUAGCUGUGUCGCCCCGAGAAAAGUGCGAGAAUGUCUUCUGAGGAGAGCCCCGAGUACGCGCCUUUCUUCGCUGUGAUGGGAGCCUCUGCGGCCAUGGUCUUCAGCGCAUUAGGAGCAGCGUACGGCACGGCGAAGAGCGGCACAGGCAUCGCCGCCAUGUCCGUGAUGCGGCCAGAGCUCAUCAUGAAGUCCAUCAUCCCCGUGGUCAUGGCUGGGAUCAUAGCCAUCUACGGGCUGGUGGUGGCCGUGCUGAUAGCAAACAACAUCUCCGAGAAAAUCACCCUUUACAAGAGUUUCCUGCACCUCGGUGCGGGCCUGAGCGUGGGCCUGAGCGGUCUGGCGGCCGGGUUCGCCAUCGGCAUCGUGGGCGACGCCGGAGUGCGAGGCACCGCCCAGCAGCCCCGGCUUUUCGUGGGCAUGAUCCUGAUCUUGAUCUUCGCCGAGGUGCUGGGGCUUUACGGGCUCAUCGUGGCGCUCAUCCUGUCUACAAAAUAAAUGUCCGCAUCAAACACAAUCUCAUUCAUUCCACACCGAAGCAGCAAGAACAGCUAGGAGAGCUACUUCCAUAACACCCCGUGGGUCUGACAGGAUGGGAUGGCAACAGAAACACGUCAGCGGCCCACUUGACCGCUGUGUCCUCAGUAAAUGUGAUCUAUCCAUAUUGUUUAAAGCCAUCCAGUUGUGUCAGGUCUUGUGAGUACUGAACGGGCAUGAAGAUGUAUUGGUUGUUGUGGGAUGAUGUGUGGACAGUCUGCUUGAUAUGUUGUCUGAUCUUAACCUGUACAGUGAACCAGAGUCCCUCCUCCUCCUGUAAAUGUAGUAAUCAGUCUGUGCUGUGAGUGUGUAUUAAUGUGUAACCCUCUGCUCAUUCCCCUCUUUUGAGUUCUGUUUUCUGUUGGAGAUUUUGAUCGUCAUUCUCCGUUUGGAGACGGCUGAAGAAUCACGCUCGCCAGUAAUUUAUUUUCCCAUGUUCUUUUCGGGGACCAUUUUUGGAAUCGGAAUUCACUAUUUAUGAAGAUUUUGACUUAAUGAAACUGUCUAAAUGGAAUACUGUUUAUUGAAAACCCUAUAUACAUAAAAUAUAUAAAUUAUCUGUGUAUAGUUAGAUUCAUUGCACUGCUGGUAAUUGUUCUAAGUGCUUGGAAUUCCUCUGGAUGUAGUUUGAUUAUUAAUGGAGGAUGUCCACAUGUUGACAUGGAGUUGACGGUGUGUGUGUGUGUGUGUCUGAAUGACCUGAGUGAAAAAUGUGUGUGCAAGUCUUUAUGUUUAAUAUGACCUUCUCCAACACUAGUAUCGUUUACCUGUAGUGCUCCGGUCUUUAUUUUUUUGUUUGUUGGUUCUGUUAAAGGUGAGAGCUCACUGUUCAGCCAUGCCUGUCAGAUUUCCAAAUAAAACUCAACCUCCUCCAGAA